GGAACCGGAAGUUGUUCCGGAGGCGGGUCCUGGUGUGCGCCGCCGAGGCCGCUUGAGUUGAGGGGUUCAGGGACAGAAGACUAAGCACAUGGACUGGAAAUUGGAAGGGAGUGCUCAGAAAACAGACUCACGUGUGCUACAGGAGCAAGAGGUCAUCCUAGAGGACACAGGAGAAGAUAGCAUCUCUGAAAGCUUCCGGCUUCUACAGAUCGAUGUGGAAUGCGAGCAUCGGGAGGGAGAGACGCUGCCUGCAGGCAGUGCAAUGUGGUGCUCAAAAAAUGUCCAAAGAAAACAGAGACACUGGGAAAAGAUAGUUGCAGCAAAGAAGAGCAAAAGAAAGCAAGAAAAAGAAAGAAGAAAGGCCAAUCGUGUAGAAAAUUCAGGCAUCUGCCCCCAGCACAGCAAACGUUUUCUGAGAUCCUUAACCAAGGAGAGACUUUGGGAAGCCAAACACUCAGGACCAAGACUCUGUAUUGAUCUGAGUAUGACCCACCACAUGUCUAAGAAGGAAUUAAGUAGACUGGCUGGACAGAUCCGAAGGUUGUAUGGUUCAAAUAAAAAAGCCAACAGGCCAUUUUGGAUCUACCUCACUGGAUUCACAACAGACAGUCCCCUGUACGAAGAGUGUUUGAGGAUGAAUGAUGGAUUUUCUAGUUACCUGCUAGACAUAACAGAGGAAGACUGCUUUAGUUUAUUUCCUCUGGAAACCCUUGUGUACCUGACUCCUGACUCAGAACACGCUCUUGAAGAUAUUGAUCUAAACAAAGUUUACAUCCUUGGUGGACUUGUGGACGAAAGCAUUCAGAAGAAGGUGACGUUUCAAAAAGCCCGAGAACAUUCUGUCAACACAGCCCGCUUGCCGAUCCAGAAAUACAUGGUCAGAUGCCAGAAUGAGAAGAACUAUCAUUCAGAGAUACUAGCCAUCAAUCAAGUAUUUGAUAUCCUGUCCACAUACUUUGAGACUCAAAACUGGCCUGAAGCAUUGAAGAAAGGAGUUUCUUCCAGAAAAGGCUAUGUUCUUCAGAACUCAGUGGAUGAUGGACAGCCUAAGGAGCUGCAGAAGGCAGAGUUGCUGGAGGUGUCUUGACUGAAUAGCAGAACAGAGGCUGGCGAUAGCACACACUUGCCUGUACUUGACAUCUUGGAUCUUCACUAGAAUGUAAGUUACUAGUAACAGGGACCACAUGUUAUGCUCUUUUCUAUCUCCCAUAGUGCCUAGCUCACAGGAAGAGCCCAGAUAUAUGUUGACUAAAAAGUUUACAUAACGAGGAAUUAGCCCUCAACUACAUGGCUUUGGAUGUAUUAAUUCAUCUUUUAUAUACCUAUUUGUGAAAUACCUACUCUUUAGAGAUAGCUUAACAAUUAAAUAGUUAUUGUUAUAUCAAGAGUUUAAUUUUCACUGAACUGGCAUCAUCAAGUUGUAGCACUCUCUCCAGCCUCCUCUGAGCGUGCUGAUUUUCCCCAACUCAGUAAUACACUUUACAUGUUUUGCAGGAUCAGCCUGUCCUAACCUAGCCCUACUUUAAGCCCCCAUAGCGCUUUGUUCCCACUUGUGGCUCCCACCCCGUCUCUCCUGCUCUGAGUAUGGAGUGGAGGGUUUCUCUCUUCCUUACGGUAGCCUCCUAACAGGACAUUUUGUGGGAGUAUCUUUGUAUCCUUCUGAGCCUUGUACAAACUAGAUUCUUCAUAUACAUUUGUAACAGGUCAAAUUGAAAAGCAAAAACACAGUAUUAACUCUAACUUAAAAAUAACCAGAAAAUACAUUGCCUCUGACACAAGCAUGUUGGAUAACCUCUCAUUACACAAAUCUGAGUGAUCCCUUUUCUCAUAUCUUAGUUACAUACAGUUGCUUCAGUUACUCUAAAUACUUAACCAGUUUGGAUUGGUAAACUUGAAAGCUGUUAGCAAAUUCAGAGAAUAUAUUCUAGAUCUCAAAAGAACCAAAGUGUUACCUCUCUGCUCUGUCCCCUCCCCUUCAGAAUUUAAUCCUUCAGGAGCUUUGAUCACCUUACAAAUUAUGUCAGUAUCUUUUUAUUAAAAACAGCCCAGUCUUCAGGAAAUAUCUUUAGGAAUAUAUACUGCUCCUUGGUCUUUAUCACCAUAUUGAAUGAGUUCUAUAAUCUCUGUCAUCCAAGAAGGGACCUCCUAUGGCUAGGCUUCAGGGGUAACUCAUACUCCCAGGGAGGUCUCUGCCUCCCAGAACACUGACCUGGAUCAUUUGUCAGGCUUCAUUUUCACUUCUAAAGGCUUUUCUUAAAACCCCAAACAGCAUGGGAGAAUUUCCUCUCCAACUCUUAUCACCUCUACCAUUUUUUCAAAAACCUAGACAGGAGUUUUGGACUUGGCUUCAAGAAUCUCAUCAGUGUUGGGGCGCCUGGGAGGCUCAGUUGGUUAAGCGACUGCCUUCAGCUCAGGUCAUGAUCCUGGAGUCCCGGGAUCGAGUCCCACAUCGGGCUCCCUUCUCAGCAGGGAGUCUGCU